CGUAGUACCUCAACGCGUCGUCACAACUUCCGGCCAUACUUUUGCAUCGUUUUUUUCCGAACGUCGUCUGCCGUUGUAAUCAUUACACCGUGGUGAUAGUACAGUACAACGAAGUAGAGUAGUGUCAUGUCAUAAGUGACGGAGUGCCGAUUCUUGUUUCUCCGAAAUUGUCGAGAAUCGGAGGCUCAUUCCUUCGCGUAUCAUUCUCUAAUUGCCAAACGAACGCCGUAGCGUUACCCUAUAUUACGUGCAACGAAAAAUCCCGCGAUUCCCGGUCACCAAUCGCUCAAAUACAAGUCGCUUAUUUCGAAAACGUUCGCGACGCAGAGGAGGCAGAGUUGCGGUGCGGGUCGCAGCCAGCCGAUGAUGGCACGAAACGAUUUUCUACUUGCGAGCGGAGACAUGAGGCCCGAUACGUUUCCCUUCGGCUCGGGUUGACAGAUCUUUAACCAGGUUCGCAUACGGAGAGAACACGGGGCCCCGUUGUUGUUUAUUCGGCGCGUGAUCCGAACGUUCGACGUCGGUGCAACACUUUUUCCGCCGUUCUUGAAACGCCGACGGCGUGUUAAUUAAACAAACAAACUGCGGCCGGGCGGAUGUUAAUCGGACACGCCGCGAAGAAAUCUGGAAAGGACGACGUGCGAGUUGAUAAGAAGAAGGUAGCGGCGGAGGAGAAAGAGGCAAGAUAUUUGGGACCAUCGCGAGAUAUGGAGAAUAACGACGAAGCGCGCACCGCGGCUGACCGCGCGUCGACGUCGAAGGAAGAACCCCUGGAGACGACCGCCGACGACGAUUACGGCUGCGAGCAUUACAAGCGAAAGUCCAAGUUUGUGACACCAUGUUGCAACAAGGUGUACACGUGUCGAUACUGUCACGACGAAGAGGAGACGCAUAUGGUCAACCGAAAAGAAGUGACAGAACUGAUAUGCGUUCUGUGCGACACGCGUCAACCGGUGCAGGCCACUUGCCAAAACUGCCAUUGCCGGUUCGGCAAGUACACGUGUCUCGAAUGCAAUCUGUUCGAUGACGAAGACAAGAAUCAGUAUCACUGUGACGGCUGCGGGAUAUGCAGGCUCGGCGGUCGCGACCGAUUUUUCCACUGUGCCAAGUGCAACAUGUGUUUGCCGAUUCAGUUGCAGAACGGGCACACGUGUGUUGAAAACGUUUCGCAAUCGAAUUGUCCGAUCUGUCUGGAGGAUAUUCACACAAGCCGUAUACCUUGCUACAUUCCAAGCUGUGGUCAUCUGCUUCAUCGUAUGUGCUUCGAUGAACUGUUACAUUCAGGAUACUACGCGUGCCCGAUUUGUCAAGUGUCUCUCCUGGACAUGACCGAUUUAUGGCGAUUUUUGGACACGGAAGUAAUGUCGACGCCGAUGCCACAGGAGUACAGGGAUUAUAAUGUUGAUAUUCUUUGCAAAGACUGUCACGAAAAGUCAAUGGUACCAUUCCAUGUUGUAGGUUUGAAGUGUUUAAACUGUGGAAGUUACAACACAUGCAGAGUCAAAGGAUCCUCUUCUCCAGAUCCGGAUAGGCUGGACUAAACGUCUGGCGAGAGCAACGCGGGCAGCGAAGAGAACUCGCGAUGCCGGAAUUCUGAGUAUUAAAAUUGGAAGAGAUACGUUUCCCAAGGAAGUGUCUCUUUCGAGCGUUUUUAAAAAAAGACACUAGGAAAUAGCCUCUUCGGCAUUAUACCUCUUUACUUGUUUUUAGUGAAUUUAUACAUCUUUGUUGAUUGUUUUCAGACUUUUUAUAGAUGUUAUUUUAUUAGGAGGCUGAACGUAGCGACUGAUCUCGAUAAUCAGUUCGCCUGUAAUGAUAAUCAUGAGACACCGAAAAAAAGUAAUUGGAUAGUCGCGCCUUGGCGCCUACAGCGUAGACGAGAGGUCAGUUUAAAAAGUUUUAACGUAUAAGUAAUUCGAAUUAUUUAAUAAACAAAUUUUGAAUCGCGAAUAUCCAUUCUCUGUAACGAUAGCGACUCGUGCUGAAGCAGUGCGGCAUGUUCUCGACAGCCUUUUAAUCCUAUUUCGCGAUAAUUACGGCACGGUAUCACCCAUCGCCUAGAAUUUUACUCGCGCUGUCUCGAAAUUAGAUCCGUUUAAUGAACCGUUUCGUAAUGCGUGACUUGCUUUCGAUGCAAUCUUUUCGUAAAAGUACUAAUCGAUCAAUACGUACAGGUAGUGCUAGUCAAAGAAAAGAUCGAAGACUCCUCCUUCAUCCUUUUAGCUAUAUUAUUAUCAUCAGACAGCUACGAGUUCCUCUGUAUCGACUACCUAUACAUAGAUUCCCGAUGUUAUAUUACGCAGCUAUAGGUAUUAGAGAUAGAAAAAUGAUGAGAUUACUACUAAAUAAGACGCAUUCUCUUAUCUGUUGAUGGAUUAUCGUGUGUACAAUUUUCGAAAAGAUCGUCAUCUAGUCAAAGAUCAUUUUUUGAUACGAACGUACGCUUUACAUGCAGGAAAAAAUAUGUGCGCGGGGGAAUCUCAGAUAGUUGGGUGACGCAAGCUGAUCGCUGAAUCGUAGAUAUUUAUGCAAAUUCGUAUUUUUAUCGAGGUGUCUGAGAAAUGAAAUCCGAACGAACAUUUCUUCCAAUUUCUAUCGAUUGUAAUACUUCGUUUUAAAUAUUUUACGUGGAUUUCUUCUUCUGUAAACAUCGAACAUCUGGAAUUUACUUAUCAGCGCAUUUUUUAGAAAUCAUAAAUAAACAAAUUCGUAUCGCGAGCCUGCGAAAUGAUCUGUGAGAUAUCAGGCUACCGUAUUAAGCUAUCGAAUUUUAUCGGGCAUUACCGUCAUUUUAUCGUGAAUUGAAGUCCUAAACAUAAUUUUAUUAUGUUUCGGGGUCUCUUUUAGUGCACGCAUUUACUCAUGCGCUUCUCGAUUGACGAAAAAUCAAUCAAUUUGGAUAAUUUAUGAGAAAAUACACGUGCCAGUAGAAUGACUACGUUUGCUACAGUUCCGAGAUCAAAGAUUUCGAUUUCUUUUUCUCCAACGUGCACGUGAUUGAUCAUAACUUUCAAGCAAGGCUAACGUGUUUAACUCGUUUCGCGCGGACAGCCAGUGAUUCAUGUUUAUUUGUCGUAGCAACAACAUUCUUAAAUCUUUCUGAUCCUAUAAAAGACGAAAUAGUGGUAUUAAUUUCAGUUCAUUCCAAUUUUUGUAUGCAUGUUUUGAAAAAAAAAAGCGUUUUACGAUGUGGAAGCAGUAUUUUACUUUUAAAAUCAAUCAACUAGGUAAGCGGCUAAGAACGUAGAACAUACUUUAUUACUAUUUAAUCUUAAAACUAAGGGAGAAUAAAAAAGAAUCGGACCGUGAAGAAUGUGAUACGAUUGCUAACGAAGUUCCGAAUGGAACGUAGCUCCACUGCGUAGUGCGUAUUUGAUCUUGAAAUUUCUGUCGGAAACAUCAAAUUCGGACAUUGAAUAAUGUGAAAAAACGCGCACGCAGGAAGUGCCUUAGAAUUAUUAAUUAUUCGAUGUUCGUCGGAUCGGUCAUGAAUACGAUUAUCUUGUCAUGUUUGAUUUGCAUUUCUAAAUAGCAUAUGAUAUAAUUUGCGUCUUGAUGACAAGGAGAGGUUUAAUGUAAUACGUUUGAAGCCCAAAAUAAAAUUGAUUUUACAUAAAGUGAUUAAAGAGAGUAUUCGC